AGUCCACCUCAAGCACAGUUUUGCUCUGUUCUUGAGCGCUGCGUCGCCACCGCCGAAGAUGUUGGUGCUUUUCGGUUUCUACUUCGUCCCUCCACGACCUUGUUAGAUCCAGACUUUUACCUGUCGUCGCAUAUAAUCUCUGUAUCUUUCUCACUUCUCGCGCAUCUAAAACACAAUAAUUCGGUUGCAUUCUUUUUGAUGCAUUGAGGUGCAGAAUAGUGGAAUUGCAUUAGCUUUUGGAGAGAAGCGAUUCACUGAACAAUGCUUCGUAAUUCUUGAACUUUAGGAGCAAGCGAGUCAGAAAUUUUUUUUCGGUAAAUUUUCGGUGUAUUUCUCUCUGCAUUGCUGAAGACAGAUACAUGUGUAAAUGGUGAAGCCAAUUUGUGUUUCUUCGCCUGGACAGCGUAAGUAAUUGUGUGGCGUACAAUAAUUAAGCUCUUUCUCGACACACCUUCGCUUUAGAGCUUGAUUCUUCAAUCCUUUCAAACGCCCUUGAGACGGACAGGUACAUACUGAAGUGCGUCAACUUGUAGAUCCGCAAAUAUUGGAAGUUGUGAAGUAAUGGCGGAGGAAAAGAGGGGGAGAAAAGCUUUGGGAACUACGCCCUCGCUAAGACACCGGCUGUCAAACAUCACCAAUCUUGUCAAUAGCAGCAGCUGGUCCAACGAGAAUGAACCUGUGAAGAACAUGUGCAGCAACAGCGAAUUGCAACUGCAACAGCAUGCUAAGACUGGGAGCCAAUUGGUUGAGGAGAUUAAGAAGCUGCUGCAGAUCAACGCUGAGAAGGAUGUGGUCAUUGCUGAAAAAGAUCAGGGGAUAGAAUCGCAAAGGCUGUUCAUGUUUAAAAUUCAAAGAGAUUUUUACACCAAUAUUUGCAAGCGGUCUCAGCAGAACGAGGAGAUUGUCGGCUUUAAUACCCGCCUCUCGAAGGAGCUCAGCAAUGUACGUGACCAACUUAAACUGUUGCAUCAUGAGUACACUCAAAUGACCCUUGUUUACAGACUUAACAAAAGUGAGCUCGAGAUGAGACUUACAGAGACGCAAGAGCAGCUGAAAAGGGUCAGUGAAGAGAUGAAUUUGAAGGCUUCCUAUGAUCUGAUGGACACAGACAAGAAUUCAAUUACUACUACACGCCGCACAACGAAUAGUUCUGCACAACGCAGAUCAAUGAUAAAUGACAUCCAGGAUUGUCCUAAAAACACUUAUUCCGCAAGUUAUCUCGACACUACUACUGUCACCUCAAGAGGUAGUCAGCGGCAGAGGACGUGUGCAAUGACUCCAAAAGACGGUUCGUUAAGGUCAAAAACUAGACAAGAUGAUGGCGCUUCCUUACUCUUUUCAGAGCCUUCUUUUUCUGCUCCGGUUUCCGCACCCUCGACUAAGCGAUUCAAUAACCGAUACGGUCAUCUCAACAACUUAGAACCCAUGCAAGAACUAUCGGAAGAGUUUGAGUCUCAGACAACUUCUAGCACCAUCUCUUGCCGGUCUCGAAGCAAUCCAUUCUUGGAAUAUUCAUCUUCCCAGUUCAAGGAAAGUGAGACCGCUAAUCAAUUAUGUCACCAUCGUGAACUAGAUGGCGAGGUCUCGCCUACGGAUGAGUGUAACGCAGCUGAGGUAAACAAAUCUUCAGACCGAAGACUUGCAACAGCAAUGCACAAGAAUUCCGGUAACAUGAGCCCUCCUCCAGCUCGACCCAAUACUCCUAAGCGAAGUGCUGCUUCACAUCCAUCCUCCUCGCCCAAAAGGAAUGAAAUUCAAACGGCUACAAAGAAGAAAAGUGCUAGGCAGCCCAGUGUGCCUGGGUCCACGUACUCAUUUGACAAUGCAGACACAGCCCCAUCGUCGGGAUCCUCUUUAAGUCGAACUCAAGUGCAAUCUCCUCGUAGGCACAAAGAACCAGAUCAUCCUCAGCCCCAACCUCCGUCGAUAACUUAUCAUGGAGGAAGGCCUUCACGACGAGCGACUGAAAGCGUGAUUUCUUAUAAGGAGCCCUCUCUUGUGUCUAAAAUGCGGAGACCUCAUUAGCACUCAAUCAGAAAAAGAUAUCUUUUACAGUCUCAUCCUUCAACGUUCCUUUAGUGUAGGGGAGUUCCUUUGCAGCCAGAGUUGCAUCCUCCACAACUCGGCUAUGUGAAAAAAGCAGCCUACAGUUUGUUCUAAUCGAAUCUUGCAGAACACUCUAUUGUCUGGAGUAGUCGCUGCGCGACUUAGGGGCAGUAGGAGAGGAAUGUUCUCUUCUAGUUGCAUGUGCUAAAUCACUCAGUUUAGGAUGGCUGGAUCUUCGAAAGAGACGACGGCAAAGAGGCUAUCCAGGUAGCUUUGUUUGUGCCUUCGAUCAUGGCUCGGGCAAUUAUGAAUUUUUGUAAUACAAGAUGAUCCUCCCUUGAAAACGUGGAGUUGUGCUAGUACUGUGACCGAAUAAAUGUACUGCACCUGGAUAUAACACCGAUUAUUAGAAACC